AUGCGCCUUACCACGGAUCCAAGAAUCCGCCAAACCCUCAAUCAAAUCUCCGAGAACAUCGAAAAUGCCAACCAAAAGACCCAAGCAUCUCUAUUCACUCUCUCCGACUCAUAUAUCCAGCCUUGCUUGAGUUCUCUCCAACCCUGUUGGCUCUCAUGCCAGACUUGCCUAGAAGCUUCGUGUCAACCGUGCUUCACCGUGCGAGACGAUGCACGAAGACACCGACAGCCUAGGUAUCUUAAAAGAGGGAGAGAGCGUGCCGCCUUCGACUUUUACGAUGACUGGGACGAGGAUGAGGAAGAGUGGGGUAAUGACGAAUUAGAUGCGCUGCUGAACGGCAGUGAUCCUCAGCAGCCCGGUCGACGUGCGGGAAUGAGCUAUGGCUACGGAACGCGGGGAGCUCGAAGGAAAAGUGUUGGCGCUAAAGAUACGAUGGCCGAUGACCCUACACUGUUGCCGCAGUCCAGUAUUUUCGGCUUUCUCGAGCGCCUGCCUUGGAGGAUUGGUGGACGGGGAACCAGGUACAGGCCCAAUCCGGCGAACCUGCAGGUAAACGUUGGGAAGAAGGGUCGAGAGGCGGAACCGUUGAUGGCUGAAGAAGAGGAUAAUGAUGAUGGAGGAACAUCAAGAGGCAAGCACGCGAGGAACCGUAGUGCAACUGUUGGUUCCAGGGAGACAAAUACAUCGCUGAGCUCAAGAGGAGACAUCUUCCCUAGUGACGAUGAAGGCGAUGCACGAGAGAUUGAUGACGAGUUUGCAUUGAGACUUGGCAGGCGUAGUACGGGCGCUACUUCCGACGAACGAAGCAGCAAGAAGAAACCAGCCGAUUCAAGAAAUUCGAUCAAGACAAGCGCAUCGGGGGAUACAGGCGUUUCCAAACAGGGCGUCAGAGCAGCUUCGGCUUCAAGUGAGAGACUCACAACUAUGCAUUCUCCGACCAAUGAGGAUAUACCUACCCUGGCAGAUUUGAAGCGUGAAGAAGAGGACAUGCAGAAAGCAGAGGAGGGUCAAUUGCAGCAGAGGAGAACUGCAGCGCAGAGGCUAGCUUCUGAGAGGGGUCUAAGUAGUCCCUCCAGCCCAGUAGAGCAAGAUUCAAAGGAAGCUAGCAUUAUCGAAACCUCGUCGCUUCACAAAGAGAACGACGCAACCCCUGUGCGAAACGAUCAAGGUCCCACCCAAACUACCAAGGACGAUCCAUACACACAGGAACCUACGUGA